ACCCGGUUUAUUACAUUAGAUGCUACUGUACAUUCAUCAAAAGCUCAAGAGUAUCAAAUUAGAGGUUAUCCAACAAUAAAAUUCUUCCCAUCAGGCACAUCUAGUUCUAGUGGAGCUGAAGAAUACACAGGUGGUCGAACAUCCGAUGAUAUUAUUAGCUGGGCAUUGCAGAAACAUCAAGAAAAUGUACCACCUCCUGAAGUUUUUGAGGUUAUAAAUGAAGAUACCUUCAAGUCUGGAUGUUCAGAACAUGCUUUAUGUGUAAUUGCUGUAUUGCCUCAUAUCUUAGAUUGUCAGUCCAGUUGUCGUAAUGAAUACAUCAAAAUGUUGCGCUCAUUGGGAGAUAAAUUUAAACAAAAGCUUUGGGGAUGGUUAUGGUCUGAAGCAGGAAAUCAGUCUGAAUUGGAAUCAUCAUUAGAAAUUGGUGGAUUUGGUUAUCCUGCAUUAGCAGUUUUAAAUGUUAAAAAAAUGAAGUACACUAUUUUAAGGGGAUCUUUUUCAGAAGAUGGCAUUAAUAAAUUUUUGAGGGAUUCAUCAUAUGGACGUGGACGAACAGCUCCAGUCAAAGGUGCUGAAUUGACUAAAAUUAAUACAAUUGAACAUUGGGAUGGAAAAGAUGGUAAAUUACCUCAAGUAGAAGAUAUUGAUUUAUUAGAUGUUGAAUUAGAUGGUCCUUCUAAAGAAGAAUUAUAAAAACUGUUAUACUAACUCUAUUUAUUUAUUUUUUUAAGACUGAACAAGUUCUAUAUAAAUAUUAAUAUCUAACCACUCGGUCCUAUGACUUUUCAUUAGUCUAAAACAGCUAUUUUCAAAUCAAUCCUAUUUUAACAAAAAUCAUUUUAACAAUAAUCCCACUUUUCCAUUAUAAUUUAAUGUUAAGUAGAAUUUUGUAAUAUGUAAAUCAAAUUUA